CAGAAGUCUUCGAAUGAAUCGCAUCAAAAAACUUCCACAAGAUAUUUUUGAUCCCGUCACGAAUUUGACUUAUCUGUAUCUGCAGCACAACAAUAUCUCAUCCCUGCCUGAUGGAGUAUUUCAGUAUCUCUCAAACCUCGUGUCUCUUGACCUUGAGCAAAACAGCAUUAAAGAAUUAAGAAGAGGUACUUUUAAGGGUCUACGUUCUUUAAGGCACCUAAACCUUCGUCGAAACAAGUUGUUCAAGAUUCCGCAAUAUGUAUUCAAUGAUCUUCAAAACUUGAAAACAAUGGAUCCUAACAGGGAUCCUAACUGCGAUCCUAACUGCGAUCCUAACUGCGAUCCUAACUGCAUAAAUAGCUAA